CGUCGAUAAUUCUGCACAACACACGUGCCUGCGUUCGGGUUUGCAGUAAAAGUGUUCAAGUUAUGGUUCACAGGCGAUGCGGAACGACGGGUCGGUCGUUUCGUGAAAAGAAGCUCCCCGAAUCGAAANCAUUUCAUCCAAUAACACCAACAGGUACAUUAUUCACUUCACUGCUUUCGGUCGCUGCACGCGGGACGAACCAGCUUUUAGGGCUGCACGUGUGAGCGGAGAAAAUGACGGUGGUACGGUGCUGGUAGUCGGUGAAAGCAACUCUCCAGUGGGCGCGGAAAUGCCGGUAAGAGCCCAUCGCCAAUGGCGACUUGUAGAGCGACACCUUGCACGUCCACGGUGCAGACUAGUACUACACCAAUGACGGGGCGUUGGAACCCGUCUGAUGACACUCAUCCCAUUGCAAAAGAAUAUGAUAGCUAGGAAACGCCACCCGGAAAUUAAAACCCGGAAGACUCUUCACAAUGACAAAAUCAAUACAAUAACUUCAUGUAAACAACAGUCAUUAUUGUAAGGGGAGUGCCAUGCUUUAUCGUAAACCAACAAGGGAGCCAUGCACUUAAUGUUCAUCUUCUGGAAAAUAAAGUCAAUGCAAACAACUUUAGCAGUAAGUUCUCUGAAACAAUCUGGAAGACUUUUUUUUUUCUGGCGCGAUAAUAAAUACCAACAAAGCGGUCUUGCUCGCUAACUGCGCUACAAAACAUGGUCUGCAGUGGAGAACGCUCCCCAUAUUUUACUGCGAUAGCGGGCUUCUUCGUUUUCUGUGUAGUGGCGAGUUAUGGCAGAGUCGCCUGCGAUGAAUGGAGAAUUUGCCCCAGCCAAUGCGUCUGCGACUUUGACAUCUUUGUCGCAAAUUGUUCAAGCAAGGAACUCAUCGACGUCUUCGAGGUGGCCAGGGACAGGUCCUUUAACUGGACUGAGUCGCUGGACUUGAGCGGGAACCUCCUGAGCACGGUGACCGAAGAGACACUGUCUGGGUUUCCAAGCCUUCUGGAUCUGUCCCUAGCCGGCAACCGUGUUCAGGACAUAGCUAACGGCAGCUUCCGUCAUCUGGCAGAGCGGCUUCAUCGGCUGGUCCUCGGCGGCAACAUGUUGGUGGAAAUACCCCCAGCUAUACGUGAGCUACGCGUUUUGCGGGAAUUGGACCUGUCCACAAACAGACUAUGGUAUAUCUCCCCCGGUAGCUUCGAGGGUCUCGACAUGCUGGAGUCUUUAUACCUGGACCACAACACCAUUGACGUCUUUGACGGGGCAGCCUUCCACGGCUUGACUUCACUCAAUAAACUGUCACUGAUGGACACCUUUCUAGCAGAAGAUCCGGUGGGGUGGUUCGUCGAUAGCCCGCUACGUGAGCUCCAUCUCUCGCACAAUGCCGUUCCACUGUCGAGCGAAGUCCGGUCUUGGUUCGACCUCAACAAGACUGCACCCCUGGAGAUUCUAGUCCUCAUUAACAACGAAAUAGAGAAGGUGGAGGGUAGAUUCCGGGGGAUGGUGAACUUGAUGAAGCUGGACUUAGGGACUAACAAAAUCCGGAAGAUCACAGAAGAAAGUAUGGAAGGGCUGUUUAACCUCAAGGAAUUGAUUAUGAAUUCCAAUUCAUUGGAGUUAAUUGAUAAGAAGAGUUUUCAGAACAUGUUUGACCUACAGAUUUUGUCGAUCGAUGAAAACCAACUGGCAAGUCUUCUAGCUGGCCUGUUUAGCCGUUCGAAUCGACUGACACGCCUGAACGCAGGGCAGAAUAACCUGGAGGAUAUCUCGGCCAUCACAGACGAGUACUUGCCGGAGAUGAGGGAGCUGUAUCUCUAUUCAAAUUCAAUUCAGAAAAUCAGCAGCCAAGGCUUCACCUCCCUCCCUGUGCUCUCACAUCUGGUGCUCGGCGGGAACCUGCUGACACACGUCCCCAAUGUCAGGAACCUUCCGGAGUUGCAGUCUCUGGACCUGAGCCAGAACCAGAUCCGCUUUGUGCCGGCCAACGCCUUCGAAGGCAGCUUUUCACUCGAAGAGAUCUACCUGGAACAGAACCAGUUGGAACAUCUUCAGUACGAGCCUUUCGCCGAGCUGUUUUAUCUGGUGAAGCUGUCGCUGGUUGGCAACCCAUGGUGGUGCGACUGCCAGAUCGAAUGGAUGCUAGAGCUCAUGUACACACCAGAACAGCCAUACUGGGUGGAGGACCUCUACGACGUAUUGUGUGUAAAACCGCCUGAGCUGAUAGGCUUUUCUCUCACAGAUGUAACAAGGGACGAUCUGGUCUUUCGAUGUCCAAACCCCUUGGACCGUAACACCAUUCUGGUUCUCCUCGGCUCAUGGUUCGGGCUGGUCCUGCUCGUCUUGCUGAGAUUCUGGAUCCGGAAGUUUUGCAGGGUCCGGAAAAGGGAGAAGAUAGGCAAACGUAACGUCAAAUACCACCGUCGUCGAGAGCGAAGGGGGAGUAACGGAAUCUUUGGCAGUAAUUUCCGAGGUCGUCGCCCCAUCGAUAGGUCAGACUCGUACGCUCUCAUCCUUCAGAAUAAGGACAAUGAUGAACAGGAUGGCUGUGGUAGCAACCCUGGUAACGGGGACGUAAGCCCCAGGGAAAGGAUUGAAAUUGCCAGGGUCACGACCGUGUAAAACGAUUCACCUUUUCUCCUUGGCUUUUAAGGGGAAGGUUUCACAAGAAGACUUCGAGGCAAAUUGAUAAAAGUAUUGAUUUGAUAAAGACAUUACGACAUUUAUUAUGACAUUGUGGCUGUAUGUGUUUGGGUGACAGAAUCAAUGAACAAACUUACAUCCAUGUUAUCCCGAUAAAGCAAUUACACGCACUGCCAAUGAAAAACGUGACUGGAAUACUACCAAUGAUAUAUUCUAUUUAGAGAUGUAAGUAAAAUUUAUGCAAAUGAAUGGCUAUAAAGGUUGUUAUUCUGUCUUUCACUGAAUGAACUAAGUAUUACAAAUUAGUUGCGCAUCUUCUUUGCUGAAAAUAAUUUUGUUAAAAAGUUACUAUUUUAUCAGUCUCAUUAAAUAUAAGUAUACACAAGUAAGUACACACUUGUACAUAAGUAUAUCUCAGUAUACUCUCAAUUUAAAUUUUGACAAGUAUUUGAAAAUCUGCAAUAGUUUUGGGUAAAGUGUUCACGUAUUUGAAUAGAAUAUACUUAGGUUGUCUCGUAAAUAUUUUCAUUUGGUUUUCAUGUAUGGGCAACAAACGUUUUGUGUACUGAUUACUUUUUUGAGGUUACAGUGGCGUAUUUUUUACUAAUGUUAUAAAAAGGGAUGUUGCAAAUUGGAGAAAAAAAUCAAAAAUACUUAUGUAAAAAUCUGCUAACAAAAUCGGUUCAGUAGUCAUUAUAGUCAAAAUUGAAUUUUGCGAGGUGAAGUCUUCCUUUUAUGGACUCCUUAGUAGAAUACGCAAUAAAAUCAAAUGUCAUCAA